UAAAUAAUGGAACUUAUAUCAUUAAGAUUUGGAUUUUUCUUUUUUAAAGUAUUAAGUAAACUCCAAAUGAAAUUAUCUUGGUAUUUAAGAUUUUUAUACGUAUUUAAAAGUUGAGGGAAAGGAGGGAUUUGUUGAGAAAUUGGGUGAAAUUUUAGAGAGAGAAGGGUGAAACUUGGAAUUAAUCAAAGAAGAGAAAAGAGGGAAAUUAUUUUAUAAAUAGGAAAAGAAAAGGAAAAGAAAAGGAAAAGAAAAGGAAAAGAAAAGAGAAGAGGGAGAGAAGAAAACCCUAGCCGCGCCGCCGCCGCCGCCGCGAGCCGCCGCCGCCGCCGUCGCGAAACCCUAGCCGCCUACCCACGCCACACGCACAGCCGCGCCAGAAUUCGUCCAAGCUUCCUCGCACGCCGAAGCCGAGUCGAAGCCGUCCAUUCACGCGUCUGCAAGACGACUGGAAGCCGAAGCCACCCCUCGCGCCGCUUCGAUCCGAGGCAGAUCAGCCGAAACUCGUCGCGCCCCGAAGCCGAGAUCCAUCUCCACGUCGAAGCCGCGUCGCCAGCCGAACGCGUCUGCAAAUCGGAGCCGCGAACGCGCCUACACCCGAGCCGCACCGAAGCCGCGAACGCGCCUGCCUCCAGCCGACGGACGAAACCGAACCCGGAACCACCACCCGCGCGUCCGAACCCGGAACCGCCCGCGCGCCCGAAACCGAAACCCGCGUCCGCGCCACACGUGCCCAGCUCUCCCCGCGUGCAGCCGCGCCGCGCCGUGCGUUCCGCGUAGCCGAGCCGCGCCCCCUCCCUGUAGCAAGCCGAGCCGCACGCGAAGUCCCUGUACCGAGCCGAGCCGCGCCUACGCCAAGCCGAGCCGGUCCUGUCUUCUUCCAGUCGAGCCGCCAAGCCUGUUUUGGCUCCUUCCACCUAAAUUUUUGCAAAUUGGACCAAAUAGCUGCUGCAGCUUAGGACUUCCUCAGUAGGAACCCAUCUAGCAACAUCUCGAGGUAGAGGACGAGGUAAGGGCAAGGGCAAACUGGCGAGCGACUCGAAGUGAGACCGUGAAGGGCCAUAGGGGCUACCGCUUCCGCUUACCUUUAUUUCAGAUUUUCGCACUUGAGUUCGAGUACUUUCAUUAUUUACCAUCUUUAUGUAGAUAGGGCCCGCUUAGGGAUUUUAAACUUAACUCGUAUUUCUACAUGUUACUUUAACUAUCUUUCAUAAAUAAAUUUGCUAGAUUUCUUUGCAUUUAUUUACACCAGAUUUUAUGACUUAAACACUGAUCCUAGAUUUAGUAACCACUUCGAUUCAGCAUAAAGAGUCGGGUCGUUACAGUUGGUAUCAGAGCGCAGUGUUUUAGGUCCUGUAGACUGACUUAUGAUGUAAGUCAUUUUGUUUUGAUUUUACCUCACCCUAUGGCUAUACGGUCCUUCGUCACUCGCCAGGUAUGCCUAAAGCUUUACAAAUAUUAAGAUUAUAAUGUUGCCUGAUUAGAUUAGACUUAGAGAGAGAAUAUUGAGCUCUAGUGGUGAAAAAUUUGUUGGUGAAUUUUAGGAAGAAUGCCGCCACGUAGAGGUGCACGUCGAGGAGGUGGCAGGGGAGGCAGAGGAGCCGGUCGUGGCCAACCGGCGGAGCAACCUGCCGCGCCGCCAGUCAACCCCGACGUACCAGUCAACCCUAAUGCACCGGUCACUCAGGCGGAUCUCGCCGCAAUGGAGCAGCGUUACCAGGCCAUGCUGCAAGCUGCUCUAGCGCCGUUCCUCGCUGCUCAGCAGAACCAGGCCGCCCCUGUUCAGGACCAGCCUGUAGUCCCUCCAGCCCCUGUUCAGGACCAGCCCGUCAUCCCUCCAGCCCCGGUGGAAGCUCAGCCGGUGCCAGUACAACUGUCAGCUGAGGCCAAGCACUUGAGGGAUUUUAGGAAGUACAACCCGAAGACUUUCGACGGAUCCUUGGACAACCCCUUUAGAGCCCAGCUGUGGUUGACAUCCAUAGAGACGAUCUUCAGGUACAUGAAGUGCCCAGAAGACCAGAAGGUGCAGUGUGCAGCUUUCUGUUUGGAGGAUAGGGGGACUGCCUGGUGGGAGACUGCUGAGAGGGCGCUGGGAGGAGAUGCCAGCAAGAUCACAUGGGAGCAAUUCAGGGAGAGCUUUUAUGCUAAGUUCUUCUCUGCCAACGUGAAGCACGCCAAGCUCCAAGAGUUCCUAAACUUGGAGCAAGGCAAACUGAGCGUGGAACAGUAUGAUGCCGAGUUCGACCUGUUGUCCCGUUUUGCCCCUGAUGUGGUAAGGGAUGAGGCCGCCAGGACUGAGAGAUUUGUUAAUGGCCUCAGGUUAGACCUCCAGGGUUUUGUACGAGCUCUUCGACCAACCACUCAUGCGGAUGCUCUACGCAUAGCACUGGAUCUGAGCCUGCAUGAGAGAGCUGGUCAAUCUAAGGUUGUCGGCACAGGGUCAGCCUCGGGACAGAAGAGGAAGGCGGAGGCGCAGCCCGACGUAAUACCACAGCGGACUCCGAGGUCAGGAGGUGUCUUCCAGAGACACCGUCGGGAGCUGGCAGCAGCUGGGAGAACUUUGAGAGAGCUACCCACUUGUACUACCUGUGGGAAGGUCCAUGGAGGACAAUGUUUAGCUGGGAGUGGAGUCUGCUUCAGGUGCAGGCAGCCGGGGCACACCGCUGAUGCGUGUCCUCGGAAACCCUUAGAGACGACGCCACGUCAGCCCUCUGCUCCCCAGCAAGGGAGAGUCUUUGCCACGAACCGGCAGGAGGCCGAGCGAGCUAGUACGGUGGUGACAGGUACGCUCCCAAUCUUGGGGCAUUAUGCUUUGGUACUAUUUGACUCGGGGUCAUCGCAUUCAUUUAUAUCCUCUAUUUUUGUCAAGCAUGCGGGUUUAGAAGUAGAACCGUUGGGUAGUGCCUUGUCUGUCUCUACUCCUUCUGGAGAGGUCCUUUUGUCUAAGGAAAAAAUAAGGGCAUGUUGGAUAUGCAAGAUUUCGAUGUAA